UCCCGGGAUUCGAAGCCCGCCGCCCAAAAACUCAGUCGGAGGACGCUUUGGGCUCUCGAAGCAGGCGAAGGCCUCCAAAGCGGGCACAGCCACGAGCGCCGGCGGGAGGAAGCAUGUAGGCGCCCGCCGGCUUGGUUCUCCCUCCUCUCCGCCUUUUCCAACAGUUUCUCGGGCGGCGGGAGGGCCACGCCCCGGGGAAGAAGGCAGAGCCCGGCGCUGCCCAAGGAGGCUCGCUCGGCGAAGUCGCGUCCCUUUCCGAGCCUGAGCCAGGCAUGGAGCAACUUUGACGGGGCUUCCCUCGACGCGCCCGGACAAUGGGACGGGACAGAGCCCCGGGGGCAGGAGUUUGUGUCCUCACGGGAGGUUGACGGCGCAGCCAUGACUGUCUCCUAUACCUUGAAAGUGGCCAAUGCUCGCUUUGGGGGCUUCUCUAAGCUGCUCUUCCGCUGGAAAGGGAGCAUCUACAAGCUGCUGUACAAGGAAUUUCUGGGCUUCAUUGUGCUGUAUGCAGGACUGAGUGCCAUUUACCGGUACCUUCUCAAUGAAUAUCAGAAACGUCUCUUUGAAAAGGUAGCUAAAUAUUGCAAGAGCUCCACUGACCUCAUCCCUCUGUCUUUUGUCCUAGGUUUUUACGUCACACUGAUUGUGAACCGUUGGUGGGCCCAAUACACCAGCAUUCCCCUGCCAGAUCAGCUGAUGUGUGUCAUUUCCAGCAACGUUCAUGGGAAAGAUGACAAGGGUCGGAUUUUGCGGCGCACACUCAUUCGUUACGCCAACUUAUCUUCUGUCCUGAUCUUGCGUUCAGUCAGCACCAGAGUGCUUAAGAGAUUCCCCACUAUGGACCACAUCGUAGAAGCUGGUUUUAUGACACAGGAUGAACGUAAGAAAUAUGAGAGUCUCCAUUCAGACUUCAACAAGUAUUGGAUCCCCUGUGUGUGGUUCACCAAUCUAGCUGCGCAGGCACGACGAGAAGGGAGGGUCCGCGAUGAUGUGGCACUCAGAUUGCUCAUGGAUGAACUGAACCUCUACCGUGCCAAAUGCAGCAUGCUUUUUCACUUUGACUGGAUCAGUAUCCCCCUAGUGUACACACAGGUGGUCACUAUAGCGGUCUAUUCUUUCUUUGCAUUUUGUGUGGUUGGCCGCCAGUUCCUGGAUGGAGAUCUAGACAUAUAUGUUCCCUUGCCCACACUCCUACAGUUCUUCUUUUAUGCUGGGUGGCUGAAGGUGGCUGAACAAAUAAUUAAUCCCUUUGGAGAGGAUGAUGAUGAUUUUGAAACUAAUAAAUUGAUAGACAGAAACCUUCAGGUAUCGUUGCUUUCAGUGGAUGACAUGUACCAGAACCUGCCUCCAACUGGGAAGGACAAAUAUUGGAAUGAAUCUACAGCUCAACCACCCUACACAACAGCCACAUUGGCAGAGACCUUGAAACCUUCCUUCAUGGGCUCCACCUUUGAUAUGCGGAUGAGCGAUGACCCAGAGCAGAAUCAGCAGGUCGAUGCCUCACCCAGCAUGAACCGCAUACAGACACCUUUGCUCAGCCGCUUUUAUGCUGCUGCUGCCUCUCCAGCAAUUAGCCUCAAAAAUUUUGGGAAGGGCAACCGGAUUUCCCACCCUCAGUUACUGCGCUUGAGAUCUGAGGGUAUCUUUCCUUCUGCCAGUCCCAACUUCAAUCGCAGAGAAGAUCCAGAGGCAGUUGGCCGUAUCGACGAGGAAGAGACAGAGGACGAGGAAACAGGAAUUAGUGAAACCGGUACGCCUCACAAUGCAGAGAGAAAAGAUAUACCCAUUAUUACUGUGAUAGGAUCCCUAGAUGACAGCAUCAGCAGUAUUGAACAGCCAUCAUCUAGCUAAGAUCAUCAAAUUUCUGGCUGCAAUUAUUUGAUCAACUAUGGCAGGGGUGUCAAGCUCAAGGCCUAUGGGCCGGAUCCAGUCUGUGGGGUGCUUAAGAUCUGGCCCUGGAAACAGACGACCAGCCUGUGGUGCAUCUGCCAGAGAAAAGGGAGCUUGGGAGAACCACA